AAUCUCUCACCCUCCGGCUGCUCCAAACCAUCAUCUUCCACAACGCCAGCUCCACGGACAUGGAGUUGACGGCCCUGCUGGGCGACCUGGAGACCCACUCCCUGGACUGCAGCACCUGCGAGAUCCGCUUCCUGCAGCCCUGGGCCCAGCUGGGCCUGACCCCAACGGAGUGGCAGGACCAGGAGACGGUGAUCCAUCACGACCUGUCUAACUUCAUCCAUCUGGUGAACGAACUGUUUAAGGAUGAAGGAGAGGGCUACCCCUUUGUUACCCAGGUCUCCACUGGCUGCGAGCUCCUCCCCAACGGCACCUCGAGGGGAUUCUAUGAUGGCGGGAUGAACGGCGAGGACUUCGUCAGCUUUGACGCGGAUGCAGGCAAAUGGGUUGCUCGGCGGGGGGAUAAGCUGGCGCUUCACAUCCAGGAUAUUCUUAACUACAACUGGCCUGCGGCCAACAAACUUCAGUUUCUCCUGAAAACAACUUGUGUCAAUAAGACUAAGAGCUUUGUCCACUACGGGAAAGAGUCACUGGCGAGGCAAG